UCCAAUCCGCACCUGGGGGCGGGCUGCAGCCCGCGGGGAGCACGUGACCUGGGCUGGAGCCGGAAGCUACCUCUCCAGCAGGCAGCGCCCCCCAUCACCUAAGGCUGCGAUGACGUCUGCACUGACCCAGGGACUGGAGCGAAUCCCAGACCAGCUGGGCUACCUGGUGCUGAGCGAAGGCGCAGUGCUGGCGUCGUCUGGAGACCUGGAAAAUGACGAGCAGGCGGCCAGCGCCAUCUCGGAGCUAGUCAGCACGGCCUGUGGGUUCCGGCUGCACCAUGGCAUGAAUGUCCCCUUCAAGCGUCUGUCUGUGGUCUUUGGGGAGCACACGCUGCUGGUGACUGUGUCGGGCCAGAGGGUCUUUGUGGUGAAGAGGCAGAACCGAGGCCGCGAGCCGAUUGACGUGUGAGCCCCAGGGGCAAGGGCACAGGCCAUCGGAGGGGGCUCCACGUCUGAAGACUGACACCCCACCUUCCUGCACCCUCCACAGCAUUCUGCGCUCCCAGCCCAUCCUUACUGAGCAGAACUGAGGUGUGGAGACUUUGUGCUGGGGGGGGCGAAGGGGUUCCCCCUCUUCGUUCCCUCCCUUGUAAUAAACAUGACCCAAUGU